AUAAAUAUUACAUAUAUAUAUCUAGUCAUUAGUAAGCCACUUUCUUUUCACGAUGGUAACAGCACGCUACCUUGUGCACGAUAAGGCACUUUGCAAGUCUCUGAUUUCCGAGAAAAGUUGGAACGUCUUCGGUGUACUCCCCAAAAAACCAAACACAUGUGAGCUUCAGCAGAGGGCCCAGGACUUAACCUUUGACGAUGAUGACGGAAUCCUCGAUGACGUGUCACGGUUCGUACUGUGGUCCUUUCUCGCCAUCAUCUUGGCAACCUGGCUGUGGCGUCAGUACUACCGUCAUGCCGGGGACCCCCGCAGCAAACUGCCCCUCCCCCCAGGGUCCAUGGGCUUUCCUUUGGUGGGCGAAACACUGUCCUUGAUAACUAAAGGUUCUGACUACUACCUGUCUCGGAGGAAACAGUACGGCCGCGUAUACAAGACUCACAUACUGGGACAGCCUACCAUCAGAAUCAUUGGAGCUGAUAAUGUGCGCCAUAUUUUGAUGGGGGAACACAUCACUGUUGAGAGCAGCUGGCCAAAAUCACUCAAGCGUUUAAUGGGGCCUGGUGGACUACUGAAUGCAAGUCCUGACAGUCACAGGAUCAGGAAGAAGCCACUCCUCAAGGCUUUAGCUCCUGCAGCAAUACAAGGGCAUGUUCCAAGAAUACAAAAACUUGUCAGAAGCCACAUAUUGGACUGGUGCAACAAGGGGGAAGAAUUUGGAACAGAUAUUUCCAAAAGGUUGGCGAUGUCAGUUGCUGCCAACAUCCUUAUUGGAUUUGAUGUCGAUGAUCAGAACCUCCAGUCAAUAAUCAGCUCUUUCCAGACUUUCAGUGGCAACUUGUUCUCAUUGCCAUGGAAACUACCCGGAUCAGGACUGUCAAAGGGUCUAAGAGCACGAGAACAGCUCAUAAAGGAAAUUAAGAAAAGACUGCAGUGUGAGACACAACAAUGGUCCCUUGUUGAUGAACUGAAGAAUCUUGAUGAAACGGCUGCUGCACUCACAGUAGACGAAAUGGCAGAUGCCAUCUUGGAAUUAUGGUUUGCAGGGAACGACACCAGUUCCAGCACGUCAAAUUCAACACUACUGGCUUUAGGUAAAGAUGAUGGUGUCCGAAAACGAAUCGAAGAAGAACUGGCCGAGAACGGACUGUUGAAUUCUGAAGAUGAGCUGACGUUUGACAGUUUAAAGAAGCUGACCUACGUAGAUCACGUGGUGAAGGAGGUGCUCAGAGUGUAUCCACCUGUUGGUGGUGGUUUCAGGAGGGUCAAGAAAACAAUGGAGAUUGAGGGCUACCAGAUUCCAGAGGGAUGGUCUGCGAUCUACAGUAUCCGGGACACGCAUCAAACCACCAAACUCUUUGAAGACAAGGAGAAAUUCCAACCGGAUCGCUGGAAUGAAAUGGACAAGGAGACCCGUCUGAGUGGCCAACGGUUCCACUACAUUCCUUUUGGUGCAGGAGCCCGAGCAUGUCCUGGUGAAAAGUUUGCCAGGAUGUUUUUGAAAAUCUUCAUUGUGGAACUGAUCAAGACAUGCACAUGGGAACUGAAGAACAAAAACCCUAAGAUUUCCUACUUUCCAGUUACAAAGCCUUCAGAUAAUCUCCCUGUGACCUUUCACCUUCGUGAGGACCUUGACAAGGAUGUGUCAGGGGACAAACUAUGAAUGUGCAUUUCAUUUCAAGUGCUAUCUACUCGUAUUACAACAGAGGCCAUCAGAAACGGGCUUCACAGAUUGUCCCCAUGUAUAUCAAAACCCGGGAGCUAAUGUUCGUACAACUAAACUACCCCACUUCCCGUUUUGGCCAAUAACAGACAGAGCUAUCCAUGUUAAUAUUUGACACUGGGCUCCUUUUUGCAUAAUCUUUACAUCAACCCAUAUGCUACUUCCCUGCAGGGGGCACGGCAGGUCCAGUCGUCUUAGGCGCCGCGAUUCGCUGUUCAGUUUUGCGUUCCUUGGGCACGCCAGAAACCUAUGAUUAUGGGUUCGAAUCCCGGUUCGCCCCAACUAUGUUUCUAGGUUUGUCAGCACCAUGC